AUGACCAUUGACAACAUGGAAGUAUAUUACUUGGGAAAUUCUGAUAGCCAGCACAGGAAUGGGGUAGGAAUAAUUUUAGAUGAGUAUGCUAGUAAAUCUGUCAAAAGCAUUUUACCAAUCUCAGAUAGAGUAAUCAGUCUACAUUUACAAACGAAACAAACAAAUAUUAAUUUAAUCCAAAUAUAUGCUCCAACAGCCGACAAAGACCAAGAAGAAACAGGAAAAUUUUAUGAAGAAUUAACACAAGCAAUAGGAACCUCAAAAAGCAGAGACAUUGUUAUCAUCAUGGGAGAUUUUAAUGCCAAAAUAGGUGAAGGAAGUGAAGGUGAUCUUAUUGGACCUUUUGGUUUAGGAACAAGAAAUGAAAGAGGAGAUUUGCUCUCACAAUUUUGCCAGGAAAACAAUCUGUCUAUUACAAACACAUUUUUUAAGCUCCCUAAACGAAGACUUUAUACUUGGAAAUCACCAAGAGACUGCAAUGAAGAAGUUUGCAGAAAUCAAAUUGAUUUCAUACUCAUAAACAAGAGGUACAAAAAUUCUAUUCAUGGUGUGAAAACAUAUCCAGGAGCUGAUAUAUUUUCUGAUCAUAACCUUUUAGUAGCAAAGUUCCAUGUGAAACUGAAAGCCAUGCAAAAGAAACAAAAGAAGGACUAUAUAAAUACAACUAUUCUAAGAGACCCCUUGACUAAACAAAAGACUUCUGAAGAGAUUAAUAAGGAAUUAGUUAGGAUAAAGAAUAAUCAAACAGAAGACAUUGAUGGCAAAUGGGAACUUAUAAAAGACACAUUAAAUAAUGCAUGUAAAAACACAAUGGCGACCAAACACAACAUGAAAAAGAAGUGGAUGACAGAGAAGAUAUUACAAUUGAUGGAACAAAGAAGAAUACUUAAAAAUAGAGAUGAAAGUGAGUAUAAAAGGUUACAUGCAGAAAUACGAAAAGAAACACGGCGAGCAAAAGAAGAAUGGUACAAGGAACAAUGCUCUGAAAUUGAGAGUUAUGAAACAAGACAUGAUAGUUUCAACUUACACAAAAAAGUUAAAGAUUUAGCUGGAUUUAAUAAAAAGAAAAGUACAAGUUCAUUGUUAGAUAAAAAUGGCAAAAUAAUUCCUGAUGUUAAAGGUAAACUGGACAGGUGGACAGAAUAUGUCAAAGAACUAUUUGAAGAUACAAGAAAAGAUCAAAAAAUUUUAUGA